AUGAAGUGCAGUACCUCCGUUCUCUUGUCGGCCUUGGCCAUCUCGUCCGUCGUCGACUUUGCCGACGCCCACGGCCGCUUGAUUUCUCUCCCCCAUCGAGGGUACAUUGUCAAAAUGACCAAAUUCCCGUCAACUACGACGACAACGGCCUCAGUGCCGGCGGCACCAAGGGGGGCCAACACGGCGUCUGCAGGGACCCGUAAUCGCGUGUACGCCAGCCAGCACGAAACCGGUGGUUCCAACGGCCUGUUCCCCAGCAACUCCGGCGUGGACAUCAACGGCCAAGAACAGUGUUGGAACUGCGCCGAUGUGUACAUCAGCAACACAUGCGGGUCCGACCCAGCUCCGGCCAACGCCACCGCUUUCACAGAUCCGCGGACAACAUCGGCGGUGCCCCCUUCCACUAAAGCCCCUUCCACUCCCCCUCGGACAACGGAGGCGGUGGUACCCACUUCUACUAAAUCUCCUUUCAUGAACCCCCAGACGACGGUGGAGGCGCCUACUUACUCACAAAAUCCUACGCAGAAGCCCACCCAGUCUCCCAGCACAACUACACCCACAUAUCCGAAACAUUCCCCCCCACACCAUGCAACCUACCUACUGUACCCCACUCAACCCUCCAAAACGACAGCCAGCCCCACCAACCCCACGCAAGCCCCCAGCCAGUGCGGCCAGUGUUCCAACUGUUAUUAUCCCCUCAUGGCGCGUGUUUUGUUAGUGGACUGCCGGCCAAUGCGCCUCGGCACCUCAGCUCAAGUGGUGCGGAUCGUCGGCAUAGAAGGCGCAGUCGUGACGAUCUACGCAAGCGUCACUGGUGUAUGA